GGAGAGAGCGGAAGUGGCGUCGGUGCGGCCGGAGCCCUCGGGUGAAAUUGUUAGGCGUGGAGAGGGAGUGAUGUCUUCCCGGCUCGGUGUUGUCCCCGCCACCCCGGGACCCACCUCCCUUAAGCUGCAGAGGAGCGCCAGGAUCGGGGCAGCGAAGAAUAGCAGGACCCAGUGUGCCAUAAAGGAUAAUAGUUUCCAGUAUACGAUCCCUCAUGAUGACUCCUUAAGUGGCUCAUCGUCUGCCUCCUCCUCUGAACCAGUGAAUGAUUUUCCAGCAUCCUUCCAAAAAUCUACCUACUGGAUGAAGAUGAGAAGGAUCAAGCCAGCUGCCACUUCUCAUAUCGAAGGAUCAGGUGGUGUUUCAACCAAAGGAAAAAGGAAACCUAGGCAGGAAGAAGAUGAAGACUAUCGAGAAUUUCCUCAGAAGAAGCAUAAACUUUAUGGGAGGAAGCAACGGCCAAAAACUCAGCCUAAUCCCAAAUCCCAGACUCGUCGCAUUCGAAAGGAACCACCAGUUUAUGAAGCAGGCAGUGUGGAGGAACAAUGGUACUUAGAAAUCGUGGAUAAAGGCAGUGUUUCCUGUCCUACCUGCCAGGCAGUGGGGAGGAAGACCAUAGAGGGUUUAAAGAAACACAUGGAAAACUGCAAACAGGAAAUGUUUACUUGUCAUCAUUGUGGGAAACAACUUCGUUCACUGGCAGGGAUGAAGUAUCAUGUCAUGGCAAAUCACAAUAGUUUGCCCAUUUUGAAGACUGGAGAUGAAGUAGAUGAACCAAAUGAGAGAGAGCGACUCCGGACAGUUUUAAAAAGACUGGGAAAGCUCAGAUGCAUGCGCGAGAGUUGUUCCAGUACCUUUACCAGCAUUAUGGGAUAUCUGUACCAUGUAAGAAAAUGUGGCAAAGGGGCUGCAGAGCUGGAGAAGUUGGCUCUAAAGUGUCACCAUUGUGGAAAACCAUAUAGAUCAAAAGCUGGACUUGCAUAUCACCUGAGGUCAGAGCAUGGGCCUAUCACCUUCUUUCCAGAGACAGCACAGCCAGAGUGCUUAAAGGAUGUAAGCCUGGAGUCAAAGAGUGGAGGCAGAGUUCAGAGGCGUUCUGCCAAGAUAGCUGUGUAUCACCUACAGGAGCUGGCCUCUGCUGAACUGACCAAGGAAUGGCCUAAGAGAAAGGUGCUUCAGGACCUCGUACCUGAUGAUCGGAAGUUAAAAUACACUCGCCCUGGGCUACCUACCUUCAGCCAAGAAGUAUUACACAAAUGGAAGACAGAUAUCAAGAAGUAUCACCGAAUCCAGUGUCCUAACCAGGGUUGUGAGGCUGUCUACUGUAGCGUGUCUGGCCUUAAAGCUCACCUGGGCUCUUGCACAUUGGGAAACUUUAUUGCUGGAAAAUACAAGUGUCUUCUCUGUCAGAAAGAAUUUGUGUCAGAGAGUGGUGUCAAGUAUCACAUCAACUCUGUCCAUGCUGAGGAUUGGUUUGUUGUAAACCCAGCAACAACCAAAAGCUUUGAAAAGCUGAUGAAAAUAAAGCAGCGGCAGCAAGAAGAGGAAAAGCGGAGGCAGCAGCACAGGAGCAGAAGGUCUUUAAGAAGGCGGCAGCAGGCAGGCAUGGAGCCUCCAGAGACCCAGCUGAGUCUUAGAGGAGGGAAGGAUCAGAGGAGGAGUGAUGAGGAACUGGUCGUGUCGACCUCCUGUAAGGAAUCAGAGCAGGAACCGGUGCCAGCCCAGUCCCAGAAAGCAAAGGCCUCAAAGACCACUCAUAAACGAGGAAGGAAGUAGGCAGGGAGUGAAGGUGCACCUGACCUAGGAGAGAGGAUGCCCUGCUGUGGUCGCAGGACCAUGUGUGGAUGCCUGAGUCACCGGCCUAAGUGAACAUGCCCUUGGUAUAAGGCUGUGACUUCCUCAACUCCUUCAUGUGUAAAUUUCACAGUCUUCUCUACACAUUCACUUUCAUCCCUUCCCCUCCUCUUACUAGGUUUUCCUAGUAUUCUUCCUUUGAGUCUUCUCGAUUUUCUCUUCUUUGCCCAAAGAGCUCUGUCUUGAGGCCACCUAUAAUCCUGUUCAAGACUUAAGAAACCAGUUUGGUUCUUCUUCCAUUCCAGAUGUGAAUGUUUUGGAAUCCUUGGAUCUAAUAGUCACUCCAUCAUCUAGCUUUUAAAACAAUUCCAAGCUAAUUUUUAUAACAGGUUCAUCAUUUUGUAUUUGCAACAUAAACAUAAAACCUAGAACUGUUGACACUUUCAUAAUUGCAUGGCCCUGAAUCCUUGGAAAGUAAAAUUUAUGGAGGCUCUUUGUCCACAAUAUGGUUUUUAUAUGGGACAAAAGAAAAGGACUUAGAAUGAAAAAGAUAGAAACUCCCUACAUUGACUCUACUAGUAGAUACUUGAUCUGGACCAAGUAGCAGUGAAUAACAAGACCCACAGGCAUGAAAAACAAACUUAGGAGUAAUGUGUCUCAGAUGUUAAUGAGUAGGAAAGAAAAGGCUAAAGGAGCAAUAAACACUGCCCCACCUUUCCUGGGCCCUAAAACCUCACCUGUUACUAGAACCAGUUGCCCUCCAGAAGCUCCAUUGGUUUAAGAAUUAACAGAUGUCACAUUGUCCCCUACAUGUUGCCACAGCACCCUAGUGCUCUUAAAAAUGCCACUAAGAUCAGAAACCAAGGUGCAUUUCUUGUCCCGUGGACCUUACCUCACUUGUUAGUCUACUCUGCUAAGUCCUCCUCCAUGCUGUGAGCCCACCUGUGUCUCUUUCAGUGUUCUGGGAGUAUUGUCCUACUAUAGUGUUUUAUACAUGGACUUCUAUUGACUUUUUAUUGUGAGAUUUUGACACCAUUGUAGUUAUUUCUCUAAAGCUGGGAGGAAAAAAUGUUUUCUGUACCUCAUGCCUACCUGGUAACGUUUGAGGCUCUUUCCCUUUGAGGGUCCCUUUCUCUGGAGCAUUUGUUAGAGAAGCAUUGUUACCGUGUUUUUGGAUUCUCUUCCCCCUUUUGUGUAAAUAUUGUUCUUCUAUAUUCUUGCCUAUUGUGUGACAUAUGGCACAAGGUUAAAAAGUUCACUUUGAUAUGGACAAAUACUACCUUUUAAAAUUCUGAAAGGCUGUUGCCAACCUUGAGCUCUGUUCUCUGUGCUCCUCUAAAUAGCUUUAUCAUGUGUGCUUUUGUGAAGACCACUUUCAAAAAAGGUGCAUUGAAACCUGAAUUGGAUACUGCCAGACUGUGCUGUGAAGGAAAGGGCAUAUCCACGCUAUGUUUUCAUUCCUGGUUGCACCCUUAAAAGCCCUUGCAAGAGAUGAGGGCUGUUGGGGAGGAGAAAUGAAGAAGCUAUGUUAAUUUCUGGUGACAUUACCUUGAAAAUUUAGUUAUUUUUUUUAAAAUUUAACUUAAUUGGUGAAAUUGCCUCCAAGAAUGUUGGGCAAUGACAAAAUAAAAGACUGUCACUUAGAAUGA